AUGGAUCCAGGAACUAAUCUAAAGGUUGUCUAUCAAACGGCGGUAGCUAUUAAGGAAAUUGUGGAAGUCGUCAAAGCUAAUCAACAACAAUGCAAACGAUUAAGCCAAAGGAUUGAUGCAAUCACAUCAGCCAUGAAAGCAAUACCUGCUGAAGAGCUACAACGAUAUGAACGCCAGAAGUCAUUGAAUAACUAUCGCCAUUGCAUUGAAUAUUGUUGUCAAUUUGUUACUCAGUUUCAAGAUAAAAAAUCCUGGUUUACGAAGAUCUUCCACAAGCAAAAUUAUAGAGAAGAAUUUGAAGAAUUGAACCUUCGACUUACUCAAUGUGCUACUGAUCUUAAUUUAGGAAUUAAUUUGAAGCAGAUUUUCGAUCCUGAACUGGAUGUAAGCGACCAAGCAACGGAUCUAGAUGAUAUUAAAAGUAAACUUGAUGAAGUUGCAGAGCUGAUGAUACAAAAACAAGAUGAACAACUUCGAUACAUUGAAGGAAUCGAACAAGAUAUGGAGGCGCGAUUCACUUCGUUUAAGUAUCAACUCGAACUGGCUAUUUGGAAAAUAAGUGACCCUCAGAAAGCACAGAAAAUUGUUGAAGAGGAGCAUGCUUUUUUACAUAUUCCGUAUUACGAUUUAGUACUAGAAGAAUGUAUCGGACAGGGCGGAUUUGCUGAUGUAUAUCGUGGAAAAUGGUUGUCACGAGAUCAUAACGUAGCUAUUAAAGUCAUUCGAAUUCAAUAUAUAGAUGAAAGAGUUAAACAAGAUAUUGUUAACGAAAUUUCAAUAAUGCACCGAGUUCGCCACGAUCAUAUUCUCAAUAUGUUUGGUGCAUGUAUGGAGCCAGAUAAAUAUGCACUCAUCGUUGAGUAUAUGUCUCUUGGUUCGCUUUAUGAUGUUUUAAGACGGCAAACACCACAAUUCUCAUGGUCCGAUCGGUGCUCAAUUGCUACUCAAAUGGUCAAAGGCAUCAAUUAUUUGCACAAACUCUCAAAGCCCAUUAUCCAUCGUGAUAUCAAAUCAUUAAACAUCCUUAUGACUGAACAUGGAAAAGACUUUCUUGUUAAAGUUGCUGACUUUAGUCUAGCUACAAUACGUCACGAAACAUCACGCCAAUCGUCCUAUGCGCCAUCAGUCGCUACUUUGUUAUGGAAAGCUCCUGAAUUAUUUGUAAUGCAUGGAAAACAUACAACGGCUAGUGACGUAUAUGCUAUAGGUGUUGUAUUGUGGGAACUAGCAACAGGUUGCGAACCAUAUGCAGAUAUGGAUGUAUCUAUGAUAUAUGUAUGUGUUUCACAGGGGCAACGGUUAGCUAUUUCUUCAAACGUUCCCAGUUCAUUCGCGGAGCUGAUUUCAAAAGCUUGGGCACAUGAACCAAAAAAGAGACCAACCUGUCAAGAACUUCUCAAUUCAAUAAAGGAGAUCGCCGCAGAACUAGAUACAAAUAAUAAGCCAAUGGCAGAACCUCAAGAGUUUGCUGCACCCAGCACGUGCAAGGAACUUGGUUGUAAAGGUCGUAUUUGUGCCAAGUGUCACAAGUGCCGCGAUUGGCAUUUUAGUGGUGAUCAAGACCAAUGGAACUGGGUCUGCAAUUACAUGAAUUGGACAAUGGCGGAUGAGACUCGUUGGUUCACUCGUGACACUGUUGACUGUCGUGCUUGGGAGCUUUUUACGAAACGUGAUGGUGCAACCUGCCUUGAUAGUAUUGAUCCUCGUGAAGAUCCUAGUUUUUUUCUUCAUGAUCACAUAUGUCUCUGUGAGGAACACUAA